AUGAGUCUAAGCCAAGAGCAGAGAAUUCUCAGCGUGCUGCUGCUGCUGGCUAUUGGUGGACUCGCAGCUGCGCAUACGAGUAGCUUCGAGCCAGGCUUUGGCUCUGAUCUCACGUCUGGGUCCGCAAAUCUGAGUCAAAUAAGUCCGAGCGCAAAACUAAGUCGAGCCAAGCGUGUUGCCAUCUACAAUGGCCAGGGUGUAGUUAAGUUCGUUGUCAGUAUUGCGCAUCCUGUGAAGCAGGUGGAAAAGGAGCAGUCGUUCUGGUUCUUUUACAACUUGCAAAGCCAGUACAUUCCCACCACAGUACCCAUCUUUUGGUGGAGCUUUUGGAACACCACAACCUUUGUCUCCACAGCCCGUCAACUGCGCAAGAACAUGCAGGCCACUCUGCAUCGGGAUGAUACGCGCAGCUGGGUCUACGAUGUCAUUGAGACCGGCAUGGCAGCGCUGGAUGGCAGUGAGCGUGGCGCCAAUUGCUUGCUGCGCAGCAUCUGCGAGAUCUCUCAAUUGCCCUUUGAGAAUAGCAACAUAUUCAGUGAGAUCGCCAACGCAAUACUUAUACCCACGGCAGAUAAUGUUGCUGAAAAGUAUAUUAAUGCCAGAGAUGCGGGUCGCGCCGGUGCCGAUUGCCACAAGACUUACAAGGACUGCAGUCGAAAAACCUGGAAUUGGUUAACGAACUUUAAUAAACUAAAUUUCUGAGACAAAUAUUGAAAUAAACUAUAACAAUUGAAAACAGAUCUAAUGACGACCUCAAACUUAGCUAGUUUUAAUAUCAAUAAAUUUAUAUAAAAUCGACGGAGUGACACUGUGAUAAUCACAUCUGUGUUAUCACAGAGCUGUUUCUAUCAGUCCUAGUCUGA